UUAGGCUCCACGCGGGGUCUUUGCAGCCCAUCCGCCGCCGGUGAAGCCAUGGAGAGCCUCCGCUGCUUGGCUUUCCUCCUGGGCUACGCCGCCUUUGCAGCCGCAGCCUCGGAAGAAGGGAAAACCUGGUGUUAUGCCUCACAACAGUGCAAAGUCCCAGAUUGCAAAGAACCUCGCCUAUGGGCGAAGCUAUAUUCAGAAUGUGGAAACAACAAACAAUCUCCGGUUAAUAUUCUCACCCGGCAGGUAACAUACAACAACUCUCUGAAAGCGUUUAAUUUUAUAAACUACGAUGUCGAAUCCAACCACAAAUGGAGCAUGGAAAACAACGGACACACAGUCGUCGUCCAGCUGGGUCAGUCGGAGAAGGUGGAGUCUGGGGGUCUGAACGGGAGAUACAAGGCGGUGCAGUUUCAUUUCCACUGGGGAAGUGAGAUGGGGAACACGCGGAGUCCUGGAUCCGAACACAGCAUCGAUGGAGAGAGGUACCCCAUGGAGCUUCACAUUGUCCACAUUAAGGAGGAAUUUAGCAGCACAGAUUCAGCGAUCAAAGGAAAAGGCGUAGCGGUGCUGGGAUUUUUUAUAAAGGUUGGCAAAAAGAAUCGAAACUAUGAAUCGCUCAUUUCAAAUUUAGAAAAGAUUGGGACUGCAGGGCAAAAAGUAGAGAUUCCAGCUUUGGCCCUGGAAUCCCUGAUCCCGGAGAAGAAGGAUCUCACCAGCUUCUAUCGCUACACUGGCUCUCUGACCACCCCUGCCUGCAGUGAAGAGGUGGUCUGGACCUUGUUUGAGAAACCCAUUGAACUUGAGUGGGAGCAGAUUGAAGAGUUCUGGAAAAAGGUGUAUUUCGACAAAGGGAAGACCCUUCCAAUGGUGGACAAUUUUCGACCGGUUCAGCCUCUGGGUGGCCGAAUUAUCGAAAAAUCGAACUCAAACCUCCUGCUGCCUCCGGGGAAUGCGCUCUUGCUGGUCCCAACUGCAGCGUUCCUGGCUUCCGCUUGGAUCUCCUGAAGCGGAGGCUCUGGAACCUUUGAACAAUGCGCAUUGAAUGGCCCGCCCUCCUCUUGGAAGCCUUCGACCCCCCCUUGGCAUCUCCCAGCCACAAUCUAGGAUCUCUUUCACAGGAUGGCCAGGAUUUCAUAGCAGAAACAGAUUUUCGGAUGAUGUUCUCCUUCUUCUUUUCUUCCUCCUUCUCCAUAUUUUCUCCAUCUCUCUCUCUUUUACCCCUUCUCAAUCUUUUCCUCCUUCUCCUUCCCUCCUAAUCCUUCUUCCUCUUCUUGUCCUUCUUUUCCUUCUCCUCCAUAUUUCUUCCUUCUCUCUCUUUUCUCCCCUUCUCAACCUUUUCCUCCUUCUCCUUCCCUCCUAAUCCUUCUUCCUCUUCUUGUCCUUCUUUUCCUUCUCCUCCAUAUUUCUUCCUUCUCUCUCUUUUCUCCCCUUCUCAACCUUUUCCUCCUUCUCCUUCCCUCCUAAUCCUUCUUCCUCUUCUUGUCCUUCUUUUCCUUCUCCUCCAUAUUUCUUCCUUCUCUCUCUUUUCUCCCCUUCUCAAUCUUUUCCUCCUUUUCCUUCCCUCCUUCCUCUCCUUCUCCACAUUUUCUUCUUCUCUCUCUCUUUUCCCCCUUCUCAAUCUUUUCCUCCAUCUCCUUCCCUCCUUCCUUCCUUCUCUCUCUCUCCUUCUUUUCCUCUUUCUUCUCUCCAUCUCUUAUUCUGUCUCGUCUCCCCUUCUCUAACUUUUCCUCCUCCUUCCCCUCUUUUCUUCCUUCUCCUAUCUUCUCCUUCUUUUCUUUCUCCUUCUCCUUUCUUUUGCCAUUGGAUCUCUGAGAAAUUUUGUCCAUGCGUAGAUUUUUAACUUAAUUAUUUGGAUAGCAGUAGCACCUUCCAUUAAUGACUUUUCAGAUACUUGUUUCAAGUCACAAGCAUGCCAGCAGUGGUGAAAAGCCUUAAUUCAGCCUCAUGAUUUUGCACUUUGACAUUUGAAAACCAAAGUGUGAGUAUUUUUUUACUAAUUAGCAUUAUCAGAGGCAAAAACGGGGAUUUGCAAGCCAAAACUGGCACCCUUCUCAACUGGAAAGUCAACUUCAAAUUGCCAUGAGGACUCCCUCAUGAGGACUAGUUCCUUAGCCCGAAGGCUGCAAUGUUGGAAGCUUUUCCUACAGUGAUACAAAAACCUCUCGUGGGUUCAAAAUCAAAUACAUCACGGUUUGCCGAUUGUCAUCAAUUGAUUACAUUAAAAAUGCUGUAAAACAA